GCCCUGCGAGGAGCCGGCCGGGCAGCAGAGCGGAGCCGCCCAGGCGAAGGCGAAGAAGGGGCCCGGCGGGGCGGGGCGGAGCCAUGCCGCGCUCCUUCCUGGUGGACUCGCUGGUGCUGCGCGAAGGAGGCGGCGGCGGCGACAAGAAGGGGGGCGCCUCGCCCGGCAGCCCGCCGCCCCCGCCGCUCUUCUCUUACGCCGUGCACCCGUCGCAUCCGCUGCACGGGCUCUCGGCCGCCUCCGGAGGCGCCUGCCCCGCUGCGCCGGGAGCCACGUCGGCGGCGCGCAAGGCCGGCCUGCUGUGCGUGUGCCCGCUCUGCUUGGCCGCCGCCUCCCAGCUGCACCCGCCGCCGCCGCCGCCGCCCGCCCUGCCGCUCCUCAAGGCGUCCUUCCCGCCCUUCGGCUCCCAGUACUGCCCUUCGCCCCUGGCUGCCAGGCAGCCCCCCGGAAGCUCCGCCGCCGGCCACGCGCCCGCCCUCUACCAGAGCGCCUACCCCUUGCCCGACCCCCGGCACUUCCACUGCAUCUCCGUCGACAGCACGUCGGGACAGCUGCCCAGCAGCAAGCGGAUGCGCACGGCCUUCACCAGCACGCAGCUCCUGGAGCUGGAGCGCGAGUUCGCUUCCAACAUGUACCUGUCGCGGCUGAGGCGCAUCGAGAUCGCCACCUACCUGAACCUCUCCGAGAAGCAGGUGAAGAUCUGGUUCCAGAACCGGCGCGUCAAACACAAGAAGGAAGGCAAGGGAGGCUCCCACCGCGCCGCCGCCGGCUCGGCCCAGCACAGCUGCAAGUGUGCCUCUCUCUCCGCCGCCGCCGCCGCUGCCAAGGGCUCCGAGGACGACGAGGACUUGCCCAUGUCGCCCUCUUCCUCGGGCAAAGACGAAAGAGACCACCUCGCCCUCACCCCUUAGGAGCAGGAGGAGGAGGAGGAGCCCCCUUCCUCCUGGGCGCCCGGGACCUUUUGCGUGUUGAUGUUGUAAAUGACGAGAGACCCUGGGCCGGUCCCCUGCGAACCGGGGGCCUGCGGAGACUCUGUAAAUAGGGCUUGUCCCCCCCGCCCCACAAGAGAAAUGUUCCAGAGGUGUUGAGGAGUGGGGUGGGAUUAUAUCCCGCACCAGAAUCAGCUCUUUCCCCGUUCUGUUGUACAUAAUGGGCCUGGCGACCAGAGAGGACAGGCGCCCACCCCUUGCUCUCGGGGUCUCUCUUGGGUGGCGGAGGGAAAGGGAGAGGAAGAGAAACCCUUGGUUACAGAAACAUAAGAACAGUCCAGCUGGAUCAGGCCCGAGGCCUAUCCAGUCCAGCGUUUCGCACAGCGACCCACCAGAUGCCUCUGAGAAGCCCACCGGCAAGAGGUGAGGGCAUGGCCUCUCUCUUGCUGUUGCUCCCCUGCAGUUGGUAUUUAGAGGCAUCUUGCCUCUGAGGCUGGAGGUGGCCUACAGCCACCGGACUAGUAGCCAUUGAUAGACCUGUCCUCCAUGAAUUUGUCUAAGCCCCCUUUAAAGCCAUCCCAGCUAGUGGCCAUCACCACAUUCCGAGGCAGAGAAUAGAUUAAUUAUGCCCUGUGUGGAGGGGAAAAAAAUUCUUCCUUUUGUUGGUCCUAAAUUUCUAGGCCUUCAGUUUCACGGUUGGUCUCUAUGACAGGAUCCUUCUGCUUUGUUGUCACCAAACAUUUCAUCUCCCUCCCCCGGUCCUCCUCCUACGGCAUAAAAUGUAGAGUCUGCGACCCAAAAGGCCUUUCCAUGAUCUUUAGAGUCGUGAGAACCCAAAUGCCAAAUGUGGGACUGACAGCAGAACUGCUGUAUCUGGUUUGUUAUUGUAUCUUAUAUAUAUAUAUAUAUUUAUAAUAUGUGUACAUAUGUAUAAAAAUUGGUUUAAUGAAUGAAGCCUCUUCAGGACAUAGUGGUGUGAUGAUUGCACUGUUUUCUGCAAUACCAGAAAAUAUUUAUUAUUUAUUUAUGGCGAUGGGCGGGAGGUUUCCAUUAAAAGGACUACUUUUCUGCAGAAGGAGAAACCUCCGAAUUGUCACUCUUCCGUUUGUAUGAGCCAUUGGGCAUCAUCCCGCUAAAGUGGAGCACAUCUAAAUCUCUUUGAUUCCAAUAGUGUAUAGAGCAAGGGUUCUCACGCUUGGGUCUGCAGAUGUGGUUGGACUACAACUCCCAUCAUCUCUAGGCCCAAUGGUUAAAGGGCAUUGGGCCCAGGGGGAAUGGGAAUUGUAGUCCAGCAACAGCUAGGGGCCCAAGCUUGAGAACCCCAGGCGUAUAGUUAAGCAUAGCGUAUUCUUGACUCUCUCCCUUUGAAACGAAUGGGACCUUUGCCCAGUUGACUAGUUCGUUCGGAUAUGAUGUCGAUAGGCACCCAGUCCCGUCAAAGUGGAGCUCUUUUUAGUACUUUCUUUCAGUGGGAAAAUAACUCUGUCCCAUUGAGGUCAGAGGGAUUUAAACUCGCUUGGUUUUGGCUCGAUCGCGCGCCCUGUGUUAUUAAGCAGCGUAUGGGGUGUCUGUUUAAUCAUAUCUCAAACAGAUACACAUAUACAUCUACAUUUGCUGAGAAACAUCUAUGCUGUGCACAGAUAAUCAACGUCAUCUAUACAUUACACUGUAGCAUAUAAAAGUGCGCACGGUACAUGCUUGCACUUUGUAUACAUUGUAUAUAAAAUCCGUCUAUUAUGGAAGCAUAUUUUGUCGCUGCUUUCCUUUGAAUAAAGCCGAGAGGCAGAUUCAUUUGUCUCUGUA